UCUACACAGAUGGGACUUCUGACUUCUACACAAUCUUGUUCUGCACCUUGAACUCACACAAGGUGGACAUGCAGAAGCUGCUGGGGGGGCAGAUCGGCCUGGAGGACUUCAUCUUCGCCCACGUCCGGGGGGAGACCAAGGAGGUCGAGGUGACCAAGACGGAAGACGCCCUGGGCCUCACCAUCACGGACAACGGAGCCGGCUACGCCUUCAUCAAGAGAAUAAAGGAAGGCAGCACCAUAGACCAGCUGAAAACGGUCUGCGUCGGGGACCACAUCGAAGCCAUCAACGACCAGAGCAUCGUGGGCUGUCGGCACUACGAGGUGGCCAAGAUGCUGAAGGAGCAGCCGCGGGGGGUGCCGUUCACCCUGCGGCUGGUGGAACCCAAGAAGGCCUUCGAUAUGAUCGGAAUGAGGACCAGGGCACCAAAGUCCAGCGAGGGGAAGAUGGCGAACGGAAAAGAGACACUGCGUCUACGCUCCAAAGGCUCCGCGACCGUCCAGGAAACGCCCGAUGAGUUUGAGGAACAGGCCACCAAGAAGGUGGAUGACCUGUUGGAGAGCUACAUGGGCAUCAGAGAUCUGGAACUGGCGACCACCAUCGUGGAGGCGGGGAAGGACAAGAAAAACCCUGACGACUUCGCCGAGGCCCUGGACUCGGUCCUGGGGGACUUUGCCUUCCCGGAUGUCUUCCUAUUUGACGUGUGGGGCGCCAUCGGAGACGUCAAGAACGGCCGGAUAUAGAGUCAGACGUCUAGGUCCUUUGCUGGAACUUGACAUAAGUCAGAGUAAACCACCCAAAAGAGGCAAUCACUAGAUGUUUCCGCGGCUAAGCAAGAAAAGAGGUUGCAGAAGGUCUGGCCUUAACACAUUCCGACCAUUCCAUCAACUUUAAAAGUCUCUGUUGACGGCAGCCAAGACUCAAACAAAUAACUGGACCUCCGGAGAAGAACAGAUGGUUUUUUGGACGAGGAAAGUAUCACCAUACACACGCAACCUAUCGCUUUCCCGCUAUUGUGUGCUGUAAUAGUGGGGUAAUACUCUAGACGGGGUGACGUCUAGAUACAGUUAAUCCCAGCCACACCACUCCUCCACCAGCCGAAAACUAGGGUUUAGGGGGGGAAAACAACAUGCUAACUUUUAUGCUAACUUUACAUUGGAUAGCUUAAGGUUGACCUUGGCGAAUGAGAUGUAAUGUGUUGGUCAAUCUCCAUCAAUUCUCUCCACUGAGUUAUAACGGUCUUCAUCUUCAAGUGGGGGGCUUUUAAUAUUAAAAUGUUAGUAAGUUAAGUAUUGAUUCUUGACAGGGGCUCUUUUGGUGCGUUUAGAGCCGCUACUGUGUUUCAAGACAUUAAUGUAAAUAGGUGUUGACCUGAUGUAUAAAUAUUAAUACAGAUGAAAACAUCACAACGUAACAACUUAAUAGUGUUCUUAACAGGCACACUGUGUGCCGUUUUCUUUUCCUCACUUUUUGUAAGAAGAAUACAACUCCAGAAAGACUUGUUUUCCAACAGCGUAAACAUUCCACUUGUUUUUCAUAUAUAACUUGUAAUUGUUAAUAAAACAUUGCAUAUCCUG